UGCCAUCUUCAAUAUUUAGGUGCAAUGGAUGAAAUUCCAGGUGAGAAAGCUUAAUUUAGUGUAGCUUCAAGGCGCCAACAAUCGAAGUUGAAGGGUUCUUGGAAGUUUCCAUUUCCACAAAUGUUAUUUGUUAUUAUGUGAGGAAAUUUCCUCUUUGGCUCUCUUUAUCCUUUUUCAAUAUAUUUUCCUUCCAGCAAACCUAUAACAGGUCAAAAGAAAAUUUUGACGUAGAUUGUUUUGAAGAUUUAAUAAAAGAAAUGAGCAAUUGUCCAGGUCUAUACCAUGAUAUUGGCAAGAAGGCUAGAGAGAUUAUGCUCAUCAACCAAGAACUCAUUUUCAUUACCGGGACAUCAAGUGGAAUUUUGAUCUCUCAUGUGAAACACCCGAGAUUUUGCCUGGAGUCACAACACUUUUCAGAUUCACAGUUCCUGAUUCUUGCAAGGCAAGAAAAUUGAAAUUGUGUCAACUCAAGCAUCUUACAAUCUCCAUGUCAAUGUUGUAACAAUCAUAAUUUUUAGAAUUGCCUUAUGAGACCGACGCUCGUUGAUUUAUUACACUCAGAAAAAUAUAAACGUCAUAUUUUCAAGUCCUCUGAAGGCAAUGGUGACUGCAAUUCACAGGUGGAACUCAGACUCUUGCGUGACUAUUUCGGGAUAGCUGCAGGCGUUGGAGUGCAGGCAGAUGAACAGGGACCGUUCAGAGGAUAUGGGUAUAACCCGGUUGUAAAUUUAUCAGGUGUAGCAGGAAACACUCUUUUCUCCCUUGGCACUGACAUUUCCUUCAACGUAGCAAAAGGGACUUUUGAUGAAUUCAGUGCUGGUUUGAGCUUCAACAGCCCCUUCCUUAUUUCUGCCUUGAACUUGGAUGACAAACUUGAUGCUGUAAAAGCUUCCUGCUACUAUACAUUCAAUCCCCUCACCAGGACUGCCAUUGCAGCUGAAUUGAAGCAUAAUUUUUCAGAAAAUGGAGCAACCAUAUUUACAGUUGGUGCACAACAUUCCUUGUUUCCAUUUACAUUGAUGAAGGCUCGUGUGAACAAUGAGGCCAAAAUAGGUGGGCUUAUUCGGUUUGAAGUGUGGGAAAAGCUCCUGGUAGCAAUCACUGGAGAGGUGGAUUUUAGGGCCUCAAACAACAAAAUUUCUCAGGUUGGAAUGUCUAUGGCUUUCAGUCUCUAAAGCAGACUCACGUGAGAAUAAAUACUGUCAUUUUGAGAUUAUAUGGCAGCCUCUGUUCCAACAAGAUUUUAUAUAUAGGUUAUUAUUUUCCGUAUUCCUCUAUUAAUACGACAAAUAAUGGGGAAAGUGAUCAGUGGAAUACAACAUACAGAAUACAAAUAUGAGAAGGGCACCUUGGCUGGCUCUUUUGAUGCAUAGAACAGUAUGAUCUUUGAUGAGAUGUUGGAAAUUUUACUUUCCCAGAGACACUGAGGAGAGUUUGUGUUGGAAACAAGAAAAUAUGCAAAACGCUGUCGGUUCACGCCAGUGCCAACAGAUUCGUCUUGUAGAAUUCUUAUCUGAGUUAAACCAGAAGCUUUGGACUUGAAAAUUGAACUGAGAUUGGAGCUUCCUACUUAAAACUAGCGAUGAGUAUUAUUUUCCUUUUUAUUUAAAUGGAAUCAAUCAGUUUAUUACUAUUACUAAAAUGUUACAUAAUUGGAAAAUACAAAUAAAAAUAAAUUUUUUGUUUCAA